AUGGAUAGGAGAAAUGACUACGGUUGUAGGAUGCCCCGGUUCCAGUCCAAGCAUCUGAGUGGGGAUGAGAGAGGUGGCAGUAAUUACAGGAGGAUCCUAUAGGGCUGGAGACCUCUGCCACCCCAAGAUGUGGCCAUUUUGCAAGACAGGGCAAAUAAGUUGGUGAAAUACCUGUUGGUUAAGGACCAGACAAAGAUCCCCAUCAAGCGCUCAGACAUUCUGAAGGAUGUCAUCCAAGAAUAUGAUGAAUAUUUCCCAGAGAUCAUUGAUUGAGCAAGCUACGCUUUGGAGAAGAUGUUUCCAGUCAAUCUGAAGGAAACUGAUAAGCAAAGUAGCUUGUAUAUUCUCAUCACCACUCAGGAAUCCUCCGCAGGCAUACUAGGAACGACUAAGGACAUACCCAAACUAGGUCUUCUCAUGGUGAUUCUGAGUGUCAUUUUUAUGAAUGGUAACAAGGCCAAUGAGGCUGUCAUCUGGAAAGUGCUGUGCAAGUUGGGGCUGCGCCCUGGGGUGAGGCACUCGCUCUUUGUGGAAGUGAGGAAGCUCAUCACAGACGAGUUUGUGAAGGAGAAGUACGUGGAGUACAAGAGGGUCCCCAACAGCAGACCACCUGAAUAUGAGUUCUUCUGGGGCUUGCGCUCCUACCAUGAGACUAGCAAGAUGAAAGUCCUGAAGUUUGCAUGCAAGGUGCAGAAGAAGGACCCCAAGGACUGGGCUGCUCAGUAUCAGGAGGCAGUGGAGAUGGAAGUCCAGGCUGCAGCUGUGGCUGUGGCUGAGGCUGAGGCCAGGGCUGAAGUUUAUUUCCCAUGUUCACAGAUACUGCUAAUGAAUUGCAGCAGUCCUUUCCACGGAUCCAAGGUACAUACUUGGAAUCUUUGUCCACAUAGCAGUCUAAGCACAUACUACCAAUCAGCUCAGAGUGACACUCUAUGAAAAAUCUGUUUCCCAAUCCGGCUUUAUUGUUUGCUUUUUGUGUGCUGUUGUAUUUUGGUAUCAGAGUUACAUUAAAUUUUCCAAAUGA